GAAUGCCUCUUCUUCUUCUUUUCCCUCUUUUUCGCUCGCGAAAUUGUUAUAUUACCAUACAUUCGCAUCAAAUCCUACCGCCUCUCUUGCUAACUGUUAGGUAGGUUUGAACGUUGUCAAUAUUUACGUUUAAAUAGAAAAACUAUACGUCGCUUUUCUCAACCACUUUCAUCAGGCACUUUUCGACGAAAUAAUGUUCGCAUCGUCUUCAGUUGAACGCGUUCUAUCGUACAGAUCAAACACAAUGUCUUGGCAAUUAGCAACUGAAGACUUCCCCUGGGUAGAAGAAAACUAUGUAAAAAAGGAAUUCAACCACAAUUUUCAAGUGAAAUGUAAAGAUUGCAAACAAGAUAUUAAAUACGCGAACGUUGAUGCGUUUAAGAAACACAUACUUAAUAGGCAUCAAUAUGAACUUAACAUGGAACGCAAAAUGCAACGUAAGCAUGGUAUGUGGAAAUAUUUUAACCUAACAAAGGAAGGUAAAACAAGAUGUAUUGUAUGUAAAAAAGCGCAUAGUGGAGAAACGUCAAACUAUUCCUUAAAACAUCACUUAUCGAAAGAUCAUGAGAAGGAAGAUCUAAAGCCCUAUGAAUCACAAGAUUUGUUUUGGAAAUACAUCGACGCAGAAGAAGUUACUAAUUUUUACGGAAAAUGUACGCUCUGUGACCAAAAAAUGAUGCUUGAGCUUGUGCCGACUCAGUUAUUAAAUCAUCUCGUAGUACAUGAUAUAAAAGUAAACACUAAAUGUAGUAAACCUAAACAAGACGCACAGUUUUGGAAAUAUCAAAGUAAAAAGUUGCGGUGGUUGGAUAAAUUUUAUACAAAAGCUGAAGAGGAUUUUCAAGCAAAAUGUAAGAUUUGUGAAAAGAAUUUUAUAUAUAUUUACACUCGCACGAUUGAAAAACACAUUCAGAAGCAUAAAGAAAUUUGCGAUUAUGAAGAAUAUAUGAAGGCGCCGGAACAAGAACAAAUAGGCUGGAAGGGUAUGAGGUUCAUAGAUGAUAAUGCAAGUGAAAUAGUAUGUAUGGUAUGUCAUGCAAUUCUGCCAGAUAAAUCCUUCAUAAACAACCAUGAAAUACAUGAUAUGAAAAAGCUGUACCCCCGUAGAAUUUAUUGGGGACUUAAAUAUAUGAAACAACUUGGAAAUUUGGCGAAAUGUACGAUUUGCGAAGAAGAUGUAAAACUUAAGUGGGAUGCGGUCAAUUUAAAAAAUCACGUAUCAGAGAAACAUGAUGAGGAUUGUGAUGGAAUAUAAGAAGAAUUGAAACAAGGAACAGCAUACGAUUAAGUAGGAACGUCCACAAGCCACGCAGACUAAAAGAAAAAUGAACGUUUAUCUUCAUAGAGUUUGACAAUUGGAAAUGAUGGUAGUGACACUUUUAAGUAGCAUCUCAUGGCCAGCUAUAACGACAAUCUUGAUUUUGACAAGUGAUUUGAAACAUAUAAAGGCAUUAGCGUAUUUUGACUUAUGUAUCGCAUAUUCGUUUUGUAUUUAUA